GGUUCUGACUCGGUUCUCUUCUGGCGUGGAAACACGAAAAGUAAGAUGGAGGUUUUGUCGCCGCCGAAGGGGGUAAUGUGGAGCCACAGCGCCGAGCCAAAGCAGCAGUCUCCUACCAUUGCUUCACCUGUGCGGUGGCCCAAUCUCUCACCAUGAACACCAGUAGGAACUGCACCGCGGUGGGGAAUGGCGAGGGUCUCGCUGCCCUGGAGUCAGUCUCCAUCGUGACCAUCACGCUCCUCGCCUGCUUGGGGAACCUGUUGAUCGUGGCAACCCUUUAUCGCAGGCCUUAUCUGCUCACACCCAGCAACAAGUUUGUGUUCAGCCUGACCCUGUCCAACCUGCUGCUGUCCGUGCUGGUGCUGCCGUUUGUGGCCGUGAGCUCGGCAAAGAGAGAGUGGGUGUUUGGCGUGGUGUGGUGCAACUUCACCGCUCUGCUCUACCUGCUCAUCAGCUCUGCCAGCAUGCUCACCCUCGGAGCGAUUGCUAUUGACAGGUACUACGCUGUGCUCUACCCGAUGAUCUACCCCAUGAAGAUUACAGGGAACCGGGCGGUCGUUGUCAUCGCCUACGUCUGGUUACACUCUCUGGUGGGAUGUCUGCCUCCUCUGUUCGGCUGGUCCUCCUUCGAGUUUGACUGCUUCAAGUGGACGUGUGUUGCGUCUUGGCACAGAGAGCCAAGCUACACGGCCUUCUGGGUCGCCUGGUGCAUCCUUCCCCCCUUCCUUAUCAUGCUGGCCUGUUACGGUGUCAUUUUCCGUGUUGCCCGCAUGAAAGCCCGUAAAGUACACUGUGGGACGGUCAUUGUGGCUCAGGACGACUCCACGGGCGCUCAGAGAAACGGGCGUAAGAACUCAAGCACCUCAACUUCCUCUAAUGGUAGCCGGCGGAGCCUUGUGUACGCAGGUAGCCAGUGUAAGGCCUUCGUCACCAUCUUAGUGGUGAUCGGCACCUUCCUCAUGACCUGGGGGCCAUAUGUCGGGGUGGUGUGCACUGAGGCUCUGUGGGGGCAGGGCAGUGUGUCUCAGGGGCUGGAGACUCUGGUGGCGUGGCUGUCUUUCUGCAGCGCCGUGUGCCACCCGCUCAUCUACGGCCUGUGGAAUAAAACAGUGAGGAAGGAGCUGCUGGGGAUGUGCUUUGGAGAUCGCUACUACAGAGAGUCGUUCGCCACGCGGCAAAGAACAUCCCGCCUCUUCAGCAUCUCCAACAGAAUCACAGACUUGGGUAUGUCUCCACACCUGACCGCCAUGUUGGCUGGUGGAGGACAUCUGUUGGCCCCAGGGAGCAGCACAGGAGAUACUGGCUUCAGUUUCACUCAGGACUCAUGUACAGAUGUGAUGCUGCUGGAUAACUUCUCCACAGACUGCUCCUCCCUCCUACAGCACCACGGGAAUCCGUCCGGGAAGAGGAGGAGCUCGGUCACCUUUGAAGACCAGGUGGAGCAUUCCAAAGCUGAAAACACAUCCUCAGUCCAAGUCCACGCAGAGGUACACAAAUCCCUCGACACAUUUGCCUCCUGCCUGGCGAAGGCCAUAGAGAACGACGCUAAGCUCACCUUGUUUGGGGAGGGUCUGGCUCUGCCUGGUGGACUCUUCACGACGAGGGCAGCGCCGAGACCCAGAUACCUAGACGGUCAGAGACUGAGGCUGGAGAGCAUAGAUGAAGGGAUUGUCAAAGACGACAGAGAUGAAGAAGAGCAGGACAUGGAGGAGAAACCCGCCUGAACACAGCAGGUCCAGUUAUCAACUAUUCUCAGUUUAUGAGCGUCUCACACCCUUCACACUAUUACAUGUGAGUUGUCAGAGCUCUGUGGUACAGCUGAUGAAGUCUGUGUACGUGGUACUUGAAAUUAUUAGCAAACAGAACGAGGCACAUUAUUCAUUCCACUAUGUUGGACCAAGCAUCAGUGUCUUGGCAAGCUUUUAUAAGGAUUAAUGUAAUCAAAUAGGAAGCCUUAACUACUGUAACCUAAAUGGUCUGAUUGUUAUAUUAAUUUUUUUUACUACUAUAUAUUAUUAUAUGUUCUCAGAAGUAACAAGAACACAUGCCUCAUUAGGACGCAUGGAAGAAAAUUACAGUAGUUUCUGACUCUGACAGCACUGUGAUCUGCUUCCUUUAAAACUGCUUCUUUAUUACAUUAAGAAAAGUACGUUUCCAGCCGGAUUAGCUCUACUGAAGACGCAGUUUGUUCUCAAAGCACUGCGCCCAGCAGCCAUUCUCCACACACACAGAUGUUUUCACUUACUGUGUCUAAUUAGAUGGUUUUCUGAGCUGUGUGGGCAUCUGCAGCUCCCUCACUCUGGUAGCUUGUUUGCACCAGUCAGUGCGUGACAACAUGCACGUUUAUCAGUCUUACUGUUAACCUCCAAUAAUUCACCUCACCUUCAACCUGACGCCACGUUCACAUCACACGGGAUGGAUGGGAAAGAUUCCCAUGUUUGCAACUUGUCUGAGUUCUCAUACGCAGACUCAAAAUCAGGAAAGCUUUAAUUAUCCUCGCUGUGAAAUUGUUUUAAAACUCAAAUAUGUGGAAGUUGUAAAAUUAUACAAGAAUGCAAGAAAGCACCGGGGUGCAGAGUCUGGAGUGUUGCGGUAACCAAGUGGAGGCUGUGACACGCUGCUGCAGAAGUAGGGAUGUAAUCAACAACCAAGAUGGCAUGUGAGAACUCCCUGAGUGUAGCGUGGACGCAGCAAACAGUUCAAUAUGCCACUGGGUUACUAAAGUGAGGGUUAAAAAUACUCUCCACUAACAAUACAACACCAUAGCUAGUCUGGUGGAGGUAAAUACCUUCACUGAUUCAUUUAAGAUAUUUCUUAUUCAUAUUUAUGACUUGGACAUUAAUUGAACACUAAUUUCAAUACCUGCAGUCUAAUCAACCAGAAUAAGUGCAAACACCUGUGCAGAUGUGCAGGACCUUUAAUUUAAUUAAGAAAAAGGCAUUUUAAAGGGAGCAGAGAACAGUGCUGCAAAUCUUUUUGAGAACAUGAAAUUACGCUUUUUUUGGACACAGCAGUUAGACAAGAAAGAUUUGUGUUUGUUUUCAUACAGUCUUUUGACACUGACUGUAGAUCACUACUUGUUUCCUUGAGGUAAACACACCACAUAACACAGCAUGCUAACGACAGGGCAAAUACUCUGAAUUUCAGAAAUUCUUCUAGAACUGUGACUGAGGAAAACACUUUAUACUGAAGACAUUUGUGUCCCAGCAGGAAAAUAGGUGUAAACUACUAUUCAUGGCUGAGUUCCGUUUAACUGCCUCAUUCACAUGGUCUUAAUGUUAUUAAUGCAACACUAGUCAUGUUUCAGUAUAACUGCCAAGCGAAUAGGGAGCUGGCUUUUGAAAUUUUGGGGUAAAAAGGCGUGUUUUCAUCAACUGGUUUGGAGCGAAUAAACUUAGAUAUGUCAUAAGAAGGUGGCGGCACAGACUCUGAUAUGCAUAAUAAACAGUAGAAGCAGAAGUUACAAACAGGAAACAAAAGCAGCUGUUUGCCAACCACCAAAAAAAAAACAAAAACAAAGAAGGAAGACACAAAACUGAUUGUCUUAGCCAUCUAUAAGAGAAAAAUGGAGAGAUCAUUAAAACAGCUGAUGAGUCAUGUGAAUUAGAUGGAAAACAGGUCCAUAACCCAUUAAGCACAAUAACUCUUUCAAAAAAGGUAAAACCAACUUAAGCAAGAAAAAUUUAGGAAGGUGUUUUCCCUCGUUUUUGCAUUUUCAUCCACAAGGGCUGCAAGGGAAAAUUGUUCUCAUUUUCAGUUUUUAUGUCCAUGAUUUUGUUGGUUUAGUCUCUUAUAUGGCAGAAAAUGGUGAAAAAUGUCAGUGUUUCCCAAAGCCCAAGACAACAGCCUCAGAUGUCCCAACCCAGAGAUAUUCAGUUUACUGUCACAGAAGAGCCAGAAAAUACUCACAUAUAAGAAGCUGGAAUCAGAUGAUUUAGACGUAUUUUUCGCCCUUUGAAAUAAUUUUUCAAACUGACUAAGCAAUUAUGAAAGCACUUGGUCAUUACAAAGCAUUUAUUCGUUGUAGCGCUACAUGAUCCUUUAGAAUGCGCUUACAGUAUGUUGAUGGAAACACGUCUAUUGUCAUGACUUAACAAAGCGCUUAAAUCUACCAGAAUCCUCAUUAACAGGCUUUUCAUGUUACGAUAGGAAGGUUUACUGAUCUGAAGGGCGUCUCAGUGGUGUGGACAAUAAUGUCUGAGUUACUCCUGCAGUGAUUGCUAGGAUAGUUUUUAAUAAGAAUUUUUGGGUAUAGGGAAUCAGUCAGUUGUAAAAGUAAAUGCUCAGCAGUGAUCUGCUGGCUGACAUUAGUAAUAAUAAUAAGGUCCCAGCAGAGUGAGAUGUUGUGUGGGUUCCUUCUGUAGCCACGUUAGCAACAGAACACAGUCCUCACAUUUCAUCAUCACCUGUACCUGUGGACAUUCACGGUAAUUGCACUUGAACAUACAACGUGUUCUCUCGCUGUACGUCAGAGAAGGUGAUUGUUGCAGUUUAUUAGCAAUGAAGACCAAAUGAGGAAAACUGGGCUUCUAAGUAAAUUAGGUCCAGAUUUCCUCAUGUAGAGACUGACUGUGUCAGAAAUACAUUAUGAAAUUUAUGAAACUUUAUGAAAGUCAAGACACAGAAACUGUAAAUAUUGAGUGGUACUUGUACCUCUAUUUAUACACGCCAACACUCCUUUUACUAUUAUAUAAAAGGAACUCUGAGAGGAGUUUUGUACUAAGUAGAGCCCAGUUCUGGUGCUUCAGUCUUACCUCGUAUUUUUCGUAUUAUGUUUGAACAGGUACUACUUUUGUAAGAAAAAGCUAUACACCCGAGAAGUGAUGUAACCUUUUGAUUUUCGCUAUACAGUAAUACAAAUAUUUGCAUUAAAGCUUUGUAUUAAGAUUCUUCUAUUUAAGUCCCUUUUUUUCCAUAAAUGUUAAAUAAAACCUUUUUUGUCUGCUGUGAAGGAGAGCUGAAGU